ACUUCCGGUACUCUGUUGUUGACUUCUUGUUCUUCAUAGAGGCAUUUCCUUGUAAACAUAUCGUCGAACACUUGAACUUCAAAAGAUAGCAGUCACAGCAACAUACGAUGGAUCUCGCAAACUCCGACUCCGAUGUGGACCUCAUCAGCUCUCUACAAGCACAGCUCCACUCUCUCCAGAAAAGAGUCAAGGAGUUAGAAUCAGAAAAGGCUAAGUUGUCGUCAUUGCUAUCAAAUUGCCAUUGUCAAAAGGGGAAGGAAAAUGUUAGUGCCAGUGCUGUAGCUGAGGAGUUAGAGGAAUUAAAAAUAGAGGGUGACUUGGCAACCUACAAAGGGGGAACGAAGAAAGAUUCAGGUCCCCAGACAAGUGGUGUGCGUCAAUUCCCCAGGAGAUAUGUUGCUUUAAAAGUUAUGUACUUCGGUCAGAGGUUUUAUGGUUUUGCUUCAGAGGCACACAUGGAUCCAACUGUGGAGUCGGAAAUUUUUAGAGCUCUUAAGAAGACAAAGCUCAUUGAUAGAGUAGACAAGAAGGGACUACAAUACUCAAGAUGCGGUAGAACAGACAAAGGAGUUUCUUCUACUGGGCAAGUAAUUGCUCUGUUUUUACGGUCAAACCUGAAGCAAACAAGAGGGAACACUGAAUAUGCUGGAGAUAUUUGGCCGGAAGAAUCAUGUGGAGAAAUGGACUAUGUUGGCAUGAUUAAUAAAGUCCUUCCAAAAGAUAUUCAAGUUAUGGGUUGGUCUCCUGCUCCAGUUGAUUUCAGUGCAAGGUUCAGCUGUUUAAGUAGACAAUAUAAGUACUUCUUUUGGAGGGAUAAUCUUAAUAUAAUGGCAAUGGAGACUGCUGGGAAGAAAUUUCUUGGUGAGCAUGAUUUCCGAAACUUUUGCAAGAUGGAUGCCAUUAAUGUACACAAUUUCAGACGUUGCAUCACGCUAUUUGAGAUUUCCCAUUGCAGUGAAAGUUUUGAGGACAAUGAACUCUGGGCGAUAAAAAUUAAAGGUAGUGCUUUCCUGUGGCACCAAAUCCGAUGCAUGGCUGCUCUACUAUUUCUGAUCGGAGAAGGCCUUGAAACUCCUAAUGUUAUAGAUUUAUUACUUGAUAUUGAGAAGACAACAAGGAAACCUCAAUACACAAUGGCUUCGGAAAUUCCACUAGUUCUUCAAUCUUGUGAAUUUGAAGGUCUUAGAUUCAUUUGUUCAUCAGGUGCUAAACAAGCUUUGGAUGAGCACUUGAAGAAGGAAUGCCUUAAUUACAAGCUUCAAGCUGCAAUAUAUGAUGAGGCUUUACAGAGCUGUUCCCUUAUUGAAACUGAUGACAGUUUGCUGAAUAAUGUUAGAUUGAAACAUAGGAAAGCUGUCUAUGUUCCCAUCAUGUCAAGGCCCACCGAACCUUCCUAUGAAGAGCGGCGUGCUAAAUUUAGCACUGCAGGUAAAACAUGAGGGUAGAAGUUUAGCGGACUCACAGGCACGCACGCACACUCUCCCCGCCAGCCUAUUCCAGACUGCAGAAUUUCAAGCGUCCGCUCGUGUUUCCUUUUGCUAGUUUUGGUUAUCCUGUUGUCGUAACAGUGACUUAAAAAAGAGUACUUCGAAUUUCUAAUGCCUUUGGUGCCAAAUGUAGUGUAAUCUUUGUAGUCAUAUCUGCAUUCUUGUCAGAGAGUUAAAGUCGAACUUGGGUUAAGCGGGCAAGCUACCUAAAAUUC